AGGGUGGAGGGUAUUAAAAGUUCAGUUGUGACCUGGUCGUAUUUAUCAGCUUUUUCACUACUUUCAUAAUAAUUUCAUUUAUUCCCAACCCCUGGAUUUCCCCAUGUAAUGUACAUUUGGAUUUUCCUUACAACAACACCUCAAUUGAAAAUAAAAUAAUUCUCUUAUGAAAUUUACGUUAAUAUAAUUCACACCUUCAAAGACAAAUCAUUUAUUCGUUGGCUCUCCUGCAGACAAGUUGUUUAAAUGGAUUUUAAAAAAUUCCAACUGACAGCCAUAGUUUAUUGUUGCUGUUGUUAUGCUGCAAGCCAAGUCUUAGGCGACUGUUCGUUUAGUUUCUCCGUACAUGAGUCGAAGUGGCCGAAAUUAUAUAAGAACAUUGGCAGCCGUAAAACGUUGAUCAACACCAAGGGAAUUCGUCAUCAAAUCCCGGAAAAUAUAGUAAUAACCGCUGAUUGUGAAACAAGUAUUCAGAGGCCCGGAGUAAGCUAUGGCAAACGUAGCAUCGAUUUGAAUUGUACUCAAAAUCACAUUUAUGUAGAUGAUAUUAAACUAAAUAGUUAUCUACAUCUUUGGUGCUAUUCAAACCAUUUUGAUUUAUAUGAAUCGUCUCAACCAUUCGACUGGUGUCCAACGCCCAUGACAUCAUAUCUCCUGGCGAGACCUGUGAAUGACACUUAUGUAUAUUAUGCUGGGAUUUGUUACAACUUGGAGCAACAACAGAUCUUGACGGCGUAUUAUUCUGCUGCUUAUCAAUUGUCCAAAUAUAAGUAUCCGACUCGUCUUGAAAACUAUCCCCCUUCAACGGAAAUAGAACAAGCAUACAAACAUUUUGAAUCUCAUCGCAUUAACCCCACCCUCCUCAAGAAUGUGGAACUCCAACAAUGGCUGCAAUUUGCCCAGUAUGACAAUCAGGCAAUAAUACAAGAUCCAAAUUUAUUUACAAAUCCCCAUAAUCCAAUUGGUGGUCUCUUGGAAUUUCAUUGGUGGCCAAAUUUACAUUCGGGCAACUGGCAUCGCUAUGAGAAAGCUCUAAAGGAACAUAUUGAGACGGACAAGGAAAUUUAUGAGAUUUUGGAGGGCGUGUCGGGAGCAGUUGCUGUACCCUUUUAUGGAAAUGGCAGUGGAGGAAAUUACUCCAUGGUUGAGGUGACCUAUUGGCAUGAUCGAAAAAUUCCCCUCUACAUAUGGCAAUAUUUGAAGUCGAAAAAAGAUAAUGGCAAAGAUGUGGUUGUGAUUGCCGUCAAUUCAGCUUUUACUGAUUUCUACGAGGAAAAGGAAUUAAUUUUCUGCACUGACAUCUGUCACAAAAUAGAUUGGUUAAAGGCGGCUAUAUCCACAUUCCGUUACAAAACGAUGGGUCUGAUAUUCUGUUGUGAUGUGGACGAAGUAAAGCUAUCGAAACGUUUGGAAGGAUUCGCAUUACCAUCUGAACCAGCACGUAUCGAAGAUGAAUUUGAUGAUUUUAAUGAAUCAAUAUUAAAGUACAAACUUCCGCCCCAAAAGUAAUGAAGAUUUGAGGGCAUGUAAUAUUUAAGUAUCGCAAAUUGUAUAUUUAAAUAUAUUUUAUUCGAAAAAUAUGUUAAACCAAUCAAAAAAAUA